ACGGCAGCCCCUAUCUUCUGACCCUCAACCACCUGACUCUUCUCACCUCACCCCGUGUCCUCCCCCAGGGCUUCCUGGAUGAUGGUGCUCUGAAAGGCACCCCACGACCCAGGCUCCAUGGCGUCCAGAGAUGCGCCGCCCACACCAGGCUCUCCCUGGGGGCCCCAGAUGGGGCCCUGGGACGCCAUCCUCGAGGCCCUCAAGAAACAGAUCCCAUCCCUGGACUCGGAUUCCUCCUCGUCAGACUGCGAGGAAGAGGAGCUCUUCAUCUUCCUGCGAGAUCAAACCGCCCUGAUUCCUGACCUGUCGGAGGAACUGGCUGAGGACCCUGCGGAUGAUGGCGCGUUCGGGCACUGGGAGGCUGCAGCCGACAAGUCUCCUUGUGAGCCAGCUCUGGUGUCUGUGGAAUUCCCUCCGGAGCUUGGAAGUGAGCAGAAGACCAGGACCAGGGACUGGGCCUCUCAGGAAGGAAGGGACAUCCGAGGGCCUUUCCAGGGCCGUGGUGAGACCAGCUCUCUUGCUGGGAUCCCUGAGGAGAGCCCCCGGGGGCAGGAAGGUGCCCUUGAGGGUGUCUCCUUCAGCACCAAAGAGCCCCAGAGUCCUCCCGGGGGGCCGCAGGGAGAAGCCCCCACCUCCACUCGUGCAGAGGGAGCCCUGGCGACGGAGGGUCCCAGAAUGCCGUCACCACCCCGCCAAGGCUCCGCUUCCGUGGACCUCAGAGCCCUGCGGCGGGAGAGGAGGAAAAUGAUAGAGAGGGACAUGCUCCAUAAAGUAACCCCGGGGGCCUGGGACUCAGCCUGCGGCGACCACACACAGGCAAAGGAAACACCCCAAGAGGCUGCCGGGGCAGCUCCAAGACCGCAGACACCACCAGGGGGACCUCAGGGCGGCCCGCCGGUGCUCUCCCUCCAGCAACUUGAAGAGUGGGAUUUAGACUACAUCCUUCAGAGUCUGACGGGACGAGAGGAAGACUGGGGAGACGGAGGACCCGGAGCCACAUGGCGGGCAGUUGACCACUGCCAAGGCCGAGGCCACACUGCACCGGCCACCCAAGACCAGCUCAUGGGACGGCUGGCCCGCCUGUGUGCCGCGCAGUCCAGACCGCUGUCCUCUGCCCGGAAGGUGGCUGCAGACAGAUCCCACGAUGCUGAAGAGCGGCAGGCCAGCCACAGAUGUACUUCCACAAGGCCGGGCUUCCAGGCCAAGCUAGGCCAGGGCGUGAGGCUGAAGGGCCUGGCAGAGCCUCCCACUGUCUUCAUUGAUCUGCGGCAGGCCGGGCCACCAGGCUGCCUGUCCCCAGCCAGCUCCAGCCACAGCUCGUCUGACAGUGAGGAGGAUGCGGCUGCGAGGGAACAGCAGGGCCUGGCGGAGGGGGCACUUCAUUCCCCCCAGCAGUUCCGGGACUGCACCGGGAAAAGCCAGCUGCUCCAGCAGCUCCGGGCCUUCCGCAGAGGGGCGGCCGCGCCCAAGCUGAGGGCCGGCGAGGGUCCCAGCGGCCAAAAGGCUCAGGCCCCUGAAGAUACGGCCGGAUUGGGAACGAGGAGGAAGCAACACGUCAAACUCUGGGCCCAGGGGCAGGGCGCCCCGGCCACACUCCCAGGAGGAAGUCCCAGGGCCCUGGGAGGCCCUCUUGGGCCAGCGACAGCCAAGGACGCCCUUCUGCCUCCACUGGGCCAACCAUAG